UUGUAAACCAGAGUAAUCUAGUCAAUUUGUUAGAGAUGAGUAGUAAUCAAACGAAAGACAAUAAUAAUGGCAAAAAUUCCACCGUACUAGACAAAACAGCUGUGAAAGAAAUCAAAAGUGCAGUACCUAAAAAGCGGCAGGAGCUGCUCAAGUGGUAUGGAUGGGGCUACAAGGAUUCGUCUUUCUCCUACGAAAAUGGCCAAAUUGUCUUUAAUGGAACGCGAUAUCCCAUUGGUGGUGGUGUAUCGCUGCCGUUAUUCAAGGACUACGUAAUGAAACGUCUAAACAUCGAUUUGAGUCGCAAGCCCCAAAUCCCCAGUUUGCCAACAACAUUCCCCGAGCCAAUUAUUUGCGAAGACUUCCUCGCACAACUAAAUGCGGGCAAUUUCGACCAUUCCAUCGAAGGAGAAGAUCGUUUAGUGCGUUCGCACGGCCAAACGUUGCACGAUAUUUAUGCCCUGCGACACGGUGGCUUCAAACGAAUACCCGAUAUUGUUGUGUGGCCCAAAAAUCACGGCGAUGUCGAACAAUUGGUGGCUUUGGCAAACAAAUUUAACGUUGCUCUUAUUCCUUAUGGCGGUGGAACAUCUGUUUCGGGAGCCGCUUCGUGUCCGCAAAACGAAAAACGAUGCAUGGUGGCACUCGAUACGUCGCAAAUGAACCGAAUGUUAUGGCUGGACAAGGAAAAUCUCGUGGCUUGCUUCGAGGCGGGCAUCAUUGGACAAGAUCUGGAAACGGAGUUAAAGAAAGUCAACUUGACGGUGGGACACGAACCCGACAGCUACGAGUUUUCGAGUCUUGGGGGAUGGGUGGCGACACGAGCGUCGGGCAUGAAGAAGAAUGUUUACGGCAACAUUGAGGAUAUUGUGGUGCGCGUCAAAAUGGUCACGUCCAAAGGCACUCUCGAACGACAUAUUUCGGCGCCACGUGUCUCAAGUGGGCCCGAUUUCAAUCACGUCAUUCUCGGGUCUGAAGGAACGUUGGGCGUCGUUACGGAAGUCCAGCUUAAAGUGCGACCGUUACCUGAGGCACGGAAAUACGGAUCUCUCGUGUUCCCAAAUUUCUCUACAGGCGUAAAAUUUAUGCGAGAAGUGGCCAAAAGACGAUGCCAACCAGCCAGUAUCCGUCUAGUUGAUAAUGAGCAAUUCAAAAUGGGUCAAACGAUGCGACCGGGAAAAUCUUUGAUAACAAGUUGCAUGGAAUAUAUCAAAAAAUCGUACCUGACAGCCGUAAAAGGUCUCAAUUUGGACAGCAUUGUCGUUGCAACGUUGCUUUUCGAAGGCGAUACCCAAAGUGUGGCCCAGCAAGAGAAACUCAUCGAAGAAAUUGCCACGAAAUUCGGCGGCAUCUCGGCAGGCGCUAAAAACGGUGAAAAAGGCUACAUGUUAACUUUCGUAAUUGCGUACAUUCGUGACAUGGCACUCGAUUAUUCCGUCGUUGCGGAGUCCUUUGAAACAUCUACCUCAUGGGAUCGUUGCGAGUCACUGUGCCGCAACGUUCGACAAACGAUCGACAAGGAAUGCCUGCAACACGGCAUUAAGCAUUACGUUGUCUCGCAUCGCGUAACACAAACUUACGAUGCUGGAUGCUGCAUUUACUUUUACUUUGGUUUCAAUUAUUCCGAUUUGCGAGAUCCCGUCCAUACGUUCGAGGUGAUUGAGGGAAAGGCACGCGAUGAAAUUUUGGCGUCCGGUGGCUCCAUUAGUCAUCAUCACGGUGUUGGAAAAAUCCGGAGCAAAUGGUAUCCUCAAACAAUAUCGAAUGUGGGAGUGAAUCUUUUCAAAGCAGCAAAACGCGAAUUAGAUCCCAAAAAUGUCUUUGCUGUGGGAAAUUUGGUUACGGAGGACACGCAAUCGAACGACGAAAACGAUUUGAAAGCGAAAUUGUAAAAUCAUUCCUAAAAAAUUAAAAACACACAUACUUAAAGUAUUCAAUCAAAGCCAAACACAAAAUAAGAUAUUUUUAUUUUAUUCUUUUUUUGACC